AUGGAAGAGAUUAACAACAUUGAAGUCGGUCCUUGCACAGAAUCCGACUACCUGAAGCCCUUCAGGGUCCACUACAACCAGAAUGGAACAAAAAAGUCUUGGGACUUCAUGCGAACCCAUGACAGUGUGUCUGUGCUGAUAUUCAACACCACCUCCCACUGUUUUGUUCUUGUCAAGCAGUUCCGUCCAGCUGUAUACAUGUGUGAGUUGGAAAGGACCAAGACGCAACCGUGUCAGGCCACUGAAAAAACAGAGGAGGGCACCGAAGCUGUCGCCUCAGUCCCCGAGAGUCAGGAGGGCCAGGCGGACACAGAGGGGGGUAGCUCUUCUGCCUGGCCACCGGUUAUCACAGGCAUCACAUAUGAGCUAUGUGCUGGACUAGUGGACAAACCCAACCUCUCCUUGGAAGAGAUCGCCAGACAGGAAGUGCUGGAGGAGUGUGGCUAUGAUGUGCCAGCUUCGAAACUCAAACGGAUUACUUCUUACAGGUCCGGUGUGGGAGUCACAGGUUCCAAACAGACCAUGUUUUAUGCAGAAGUAUCUGACGACAAUUGCGUGAGUGCAGGUGGAGGUGAGCCGCGGGAGGGAGAGCUCAUUGAGGUGGUCAAAAUCCCGUUGCACGAAGCCAUGACCUUUGCCUACAAUGAGCGUAUACCCAAAACCAUGGGCGUCAUAUUUAGCUUCAUUUGGUUCCAUAACAACAUGUCCCCUAAGUACAAGAUCUCCACCAAUGUGUAA